AUCAAUGCGCCUCCUAGCGGUAGAUGAAAUACAUUGAAACGUUUGUUGAUGCGAAAUAAUGUUGCAGUAUUAUCAUAGGUAUUAAUUCUACUCUAAGGAAAACAAGGGCAACAGUUUUAUAACGCGACAAUGAAGGCGACUAUGUAUCUUGGAUUUGUAUGCCUAUGGAUAUUUUUAUUCAGCUCAGUCGUUGAGUCACAACUAAGUGAUGCAUCAUGUCCCUACGACUACCACUACUGUGAAGGGACCAUAUUCUGCUGUCAGUCGGGAUACAUAUGUACCGGAACGACAACCUGUUUACAUCUGGCGAUCAUAAUCGGCCCUAUCGUCGGCCUGGUAGUGCUAAUCGUCUGCAUUGUCGUCUGCUGUAUCUGUUGUCGUCGUAGGCGGGCCACCCCUGGAGUAGUCUACAGCCCCACCCCACAAGCCAAGAUGUGAGGCAGAAUAUGUAUACAAGUGGUCAUACAGAUCACUACACUGACAUUGCCAAUUACAAUAACUAAACAUAGACAUAGCAUUACUUAUAAAAUUUUGAAUGUGUUGACCUCUAAUGAAAAGGCUGAUAAGAAAAUGCAUUGCAACCCUAUUUGAACUUCAAAAUUCUGAAUAAAAUAUAUUUUAAUCUUAACAAACGGUGCUUCGUAUUCCCGGAUUAUACAAUUUGGUGCUUUUUUCUGAAAUGUUCAAAUUGUUUAAGUUCUUUUAGAAUUAUCAAAGAGUUGAGAUUUGGACACUUGUUUCACGUAUUAAAGGUAUACAUAUAUCAUCUUUGCUCUCAAAGAUCUCUUAAAUUCAAAAGAAGGUCAUGCAUUAGACCUGUCUUCAUCUUUUCAGCAAGAAAUUCUCAGGCAAAUCAAGGUGGUUUUUUUGUGUAAAUAGUUGUCGUGAAUAUUCUAUUGAAGCUAUGCUUCAUACUGCAUGUAUUUUUGAACUUUUUAUAUUGUGUAUAUCUUGACGUAUUUUGUUUUUACUAUGACAAGUAAUCAUGUAAAUUUUGUCCUAAGAUUUUAGAUUUUAGACGUAUAUACAGACUAAUAAAAACGUAAAAGUUUACUUCAAUAAAAUGUUUUCUUAAAACAU